CGGAGGACGAGGAUCACUCACCGGCCAGUCUAGACUCACCGCGCCACAGCCAUGGCCAACCUCCUAACCGCCAUCCGUCAGAUCAUCGACACCUACCACAGCUACAGCUGCAGGACCGACCCAUGCGACAAGCUGAACACGGAGGAAUUCAACGCCCUCAUCCAGACGCAAUUCGCCAAUGUCAUAGAGGAUUCCAAUGAACCUCAGACCAUCGAAGGGAUCCUCCAAGCCUUAGACGAGAACAAAGAUGGGGAAGUAGACUUUAAAGAGUUCCUGGAACUAGUGGCUAGAGUUGCAUUGGCAUAUUUUGAAGCCCUGAGAAACAAGAAGGGCUGUCGCAUUUGUGCGUCCCAGAAAGGACAACAGGCGUCGGCUGCUGUAGCUUCAAAGUCAACACAAAGCCAAGGGGAAUCAGAUCCUGGCCAGAAAAAAGACUCCACCCAGAAACAAUACCAGGCCAAGAAACAAGAAUCUGCUCAGAAACAGGAUUCAACCCAGAAACAAGACUACACCCAGAAGCAAUACUCUAGUAUGAAGCAGGAUCCAGCCCAGAAACAAGACUCCUCCCAGAAGCAAGAUCUAACCCAGAAACAAGACUCCCCUCAGAAACAAGACCAGACCAAGAAACAAGACCUGGCCCAGAAACAAGACUCCACUCAGAAACAAGACCAGACCCAGAAACAAGACCAGACCCAGAAACAAGACUCUACACAGAAACAAGACCAGACCAAGAAACAAGACCUGGCCCAGAAACAAGACUCCUCACAGAAACAAGACCACACCCAGAAACAAGACUCCACUCAGAAACAAGAUGAGACCAAGAAACAAGAGUCAACUAAGAGUCAGGAUCCAGCACAGAAACAAGAUCAAACUCAGAAAAAAGACCCUACUCAGAAACAAGACUACACCCACAACAAAGACUACUCACAGAAACAAGACCAGACCCAGAAACCAGAUUUCACACAGAAACAAGACCAGACCCAGAAACAAGAUUCCACACAGAAACAAGGCCAGACACAACAACAAGACUCCACUCAGAAACAAGAUGAGACCAAGAAACAAGAGUCAACUAAGAAAACAAGACCACACCCAGAAACAAGAUUCCACACAGAAACAAGACCAGACCCAAAAGCAAGACAAGGUUCAGAAACAGGACUCUACUCAGAAACAAGAUGUAGCUAA